GCCGGGCUCAGCCUGAGGCCUGAGACCCGGGCCGACCCACGGGAGCCGGGAGGGGUCGGACACGAGGAGCAGAGCGCGGGGGGAACCUCUGCGCUCCCAGCCCACCGCCGAGGUCGCGGCACCCCUAUCACGUACCUAGCCUCUCAGGCCCCGGCCUGUCCUCGGCACCGCCACAUCACGCCUAAUAUGGCCGCUCGUGCUGGGACCGGCCCGGUGCACAGAGAGCAGGGCCGAGGUCCGAGGCCAGGUAUCAUGGCCCACGCCUUGAUUGAGGUGGAGCGAAAGUUCAUUCCUGGGCCUGGCACAGAGAAGCGGCUGCAGGAGUUGGGGGGCACCUUAGAGCACCAGGUCACCUUCUGGGACAGAUACUAUGACACGCCUGAGCUGAGCCUCAUGCGGGCUGACUACUGGCUGCGGCAGCGAGAGGGUAGUGGAUGGGAGCUCAAAUGUCCUGGAACAACAGGUGUCUCAGGACCCCACCAGGAGUAUGUGGAACUCACAGUUGAGCCUGCAGUUGUGGCCCAGCUCUGUGAGGUGCUGGGGACUGAGGUCCUGGGGGCAGGAGGUGUGGCAGCUGUGCUGGGCCCACUGGGGCUGCAGGAAGUGGCUAGUUUUGUGACUAAGCGUAGUGCCUGGAAGUUGGUGCUCUCUGGAACUGAUGAAGAGGAGCCUCCACUCAGGGUGGACCUGGAUACAGCGGACUUUGGCUACACCGUGGGUGAGGUAGAGGCCCUGGUGCACGAGGAGGCUGAAGUCCCAGUUGCCCUGGAGAAGAUCCACAGUCUCAGCAGCAUGCUUGGUGUGCCCGUACAGGAGACAGCACCUGCCAAGCUGAUGGUAUACCUACAGCGUUUCCAGCCUCAGAACUAUCAGCGCCUGCUACAAGUACACAGACUCAGAGAGAAGCCACAGGGGACUAAAGAUCCUGAAGGCAACUUGGGCUAGGGUGUCACUUCCUCAACAGGGAAGAGUCUGAGUCUAACAGGGUUCCCUCCUGGGCUCACUAUGCCUCUUCCCCUGGCCUCCUUCUCACACUGACUCCCCUCCCUCCAGCCCUUCCUGUUCUUUCACCUUACCCUCAGCUAUCCUUCCUUGAGCCCUCCCUGG